UUCAACAAAUCGCACCAACCCUUUUCACCACCCCCCCCAAAAAAACCACAGGCCUCUUGUAUCCUAAAUGGAUAGGAGGAUCGAAGCACACUACUACUGCGCUAGCUCCAUGUAUUAUUGCUUCAGCAACCCACAUUAUUCCGGGUUUCAUUUGAUGUCCUAAAAAAGCCGUUCCUUCCGUGGGGAGGGGGGGUGCUUAAUUAAUUUUCUCCUCCCCCUCUGGGGAAAUUAAAGAGUUUUUGGUUAACAUGGGUGAAGGCGAGAAGAAAGAGGUUGUGGUGGAGAAGAAGAAAGAAGAGGUGAUCACGAUUGUUUAUAGGCUUCACAUCCAUUGCGACGAAUGCGCCCGCGUAGUCGAGAGACACAUCACACAACACGAAGGGGUCCGCAAGGUUGAAAUCGACUCCGCGAAAGGACUAGUAACAGUUAGGGGUGUGGGCAUUGAUGUGACGAAGUUAAAGGAGCGAAUCGAGAGGAAGACCAGAAAGAAGAUCGAGCUUCUAUCACCCCUGCCAAAGAAAGAAGAGAAGAAAGAAGAGAAGAAAGUCGAAAAGAAAGAAGAGAAGAAAGUGGAGAUCAAGACCAUAAAUGUGAGGGUUUACAUGCACUGCGGACGAUGCGAGUCCUUCAUCAAAGAGCAGCUACUAAAGCACAAAGAUAUUUACACCGUUAAGACUAACCGGGAAAAGCAUAUUUGUACUAUCACGGGCGUAAUAGAGGAGAAGAAAUUGAUCGAGUACAUUCGGGCGACAACUCGCAAGCACGGGGAGAUUAUAAAGGAAGAGAAGAAGGUGGUGAAGGAAGAGGAGAAAGUAAAAGUGGAAGCGAAGGUCGGGAAAGACGGAGUGAAAGUAGAAAUCACCGAGAAGAAAGAGAAAGAGGAAAUCAAGAGCAAAGAUGUAGUUGUGCCUUACUUCAUUCCCUGCACACAUCCAACCUUUAUGAACUUCUCACAUCCAGAUUUCUUCAAUCACAAAUACCCUCCCUUUCACUAUGUCGACUACUCACAUCUGGACAUAAAAAGCUACCAAUAUCCUCCAUUCGUACACUGCUCACAUCCACCUGAGUGUUUUAGUGAAGAGAAUCCAUACGCUUGUUCUGUGAUGUAGAAGGAAUUAAGUAAAUGGAUACUGUGAGGAAUUAAUGACAUUUGUAGUACCUGAUAAGGAUAUUUUCUAGUUCAUAUUCUAUUAUCUGUUUCAUGCAUGUUUAUCACUGUAUAAUUGUUGUUGAUAUAUAGAUGGUCGGUUUGUUA